AGCAGAGUGGUGCUGGAGAGCUCUAGCCUGGCUACUCUCCAGGCUGAGGCCUUGGUAAAGGCCUAUGAAGGCUCCAACAUGUCAGAAGUGGCUGAGCUCCAACUAGUGAACGGUUCAAGUCACUGCACUGGUAGAGUCGAGGUGUUUCACAACCUGCAGUGGGGAACCGUGUGUGAUGAUAGCUGGGACUUACAGGAUGCUGGAGUUGUGUGCAGGCAGCUGGGCUGUGGGACGGCAUUAUCAGCCCCAGGUCAGGCUCAGUUUGGGCGAGGAUCUGAUCGUAUUUGGCUGGGUAAUGUCAGCUGCACAGGGACAGAAGCUGCCCUUUCCCAAUGCAGGGCUCGUCCUUGGGGACAGAGUAACUGUACCCAUGGAGAAGUUGCUGGUGUUGUGUGCUCAGCCAUUUCAGAGCAGAUUCCGCUCCGACUGGUGAAUGGCCCGAGUCACUGCGCUGGGAGAGUCGAGGUGCUUCACAACCUGCAGUGGGGAACCGUGUGUGAUGACGGCUGGGACGUAACUGAUGCUGGAGUCGUGUGCAGGCAGCUGGGCUGUGGGACGGCAUUAUCAGCCCCAGGCGGGGCUCGAUUUGGGCAAGGAUCAGGGAAUAUCUGGCUGGAUGACGUCAACUGCAAAGGGACAGAAGCUGCCCUCUCCGAUUGCAUGGCUCGGCUUAGGGGAGACAAUCGCUGUAACCAUGGAAAAGAUGCUGGUGUUGUGUGCUCAGAUCAGGGCCCGCUGAGGCUGCGGCUGACGAAUGGCUCAAACUCCUGCUCCGGGCGAGUGGAGGUGCUGAUUAACAACACCUGGGGAGCUGUGUGUGACGCCGGCUGGGGCCUGCCGGAGGCAGGGGUGUUGUGCAAGCAGCUGGGCUGCGGCACGGCACAGUCAGCCCUGGGAGUUCAGUUUGGUCAAGGGGCCGGUGACGUCUGGCUGGACAGCGUGAGAUGCUCAGGCCAGGAGUCUCUCAUCAGCGAGUGCCAGCUGAGCCAGCUGGAUCCCGGGCAGUGUGGCCGUGGCUACAAGGCCAGCGUGGUGUGUGCCAGGCAGGCCGCCCUGGCUCCGGCGCUGGAGGCUGCUACCCCCGCAGGCCUCGAGAUACUCUACUAUGUGCUCAUCGGCCUCGUGGUGCUGAUCUUCGUGGCCCUGCUCUGCUGGAGGAUGCGUCGGAGGAUGCGUCGGAACAGAGCCUCUGGGAACUCCCUGGGCCACGUGAACAUGGAGGAGCUGGGGGCUCCAUAGGAACUUACUUCUUCGCAAUUUACAUUCCUGAAAGCUAUUUUACAGGGUUUUUUCUUACUAUGCAAGUCAUUUAGACAAAAAAUUACUAAAAUCUUUUCUUUAAGU